CCGUAGGGGAGGGGGAGCCGAGGGGGGGCAGCCCCCAGCUGCAGACCCAGGGGGAGCAGGAAGAGGAGAGGCCAGAGGGGGGGCCCUGGGAGGGGGAGCCAGGUGGACACAGGACCAGGGUAGGGGCCCGUGGGGAGGAGGAGGGGGACCCCGAGGGGGACAUCAGCUCACCAGGGGCCCCCAUGGAGCAAGUGGGGGGUGGGGGGAGCAGCAUCUGGCUGGGGACCCAGAGGGAGGGGGAAGGAGCUUGGGGGGGGCGCUGGCCCCAGGGAGGGGUCCAGGGGGAGGGCAGUAGAUGCCAUGGGGCCCCAGGGGAGGGCUCGGGGGACGCCCCCCUCUGCCCCAUCCCCCACCUUGAGCUCCCAGAUGGCGCCCAGACCCCCCUGCCGGAGCCCGGAGUGGUCUCCCCCCUGGACGUGAGUGCCCAGAGGAGCCGGGUGCUGCUGCGGAGGAAGGGGUCAGUGCGCCGGGCGCCCAGCCUCCGGGCACAGAGACCCCCUGGGGGGGCCCCGCCCGAGACCCUGCCCCAGCCCCCCCAGGAGCCAGGCCCCCCAGGGGGCUUCCUGCCCCCCACCCUCCACCAGCCACAGACACCCAGGAGGCAGCUCCCAGGGCAUGCUGGCUUCGGCCUCGCCCACCCCAACAUGAUGGCAGAGCUGAAGUUUCGUCUGCGCAGACCCCCGCCCCAGUGACCCUGCCCCACCCCCACGUGCUGGGGACCCUGAGGGGGCAGGGGCUCGUGCCAUUUCCUGGCCGGACACCCCCCUCCCCCUGCUGCCUGGGAUUGGACCCAGGCGUCCCGGCCACCACCCCACCCGCAUCGGUGUGUCUGGGGACCAUGGAAUAAAGAAAAGACGCGUGAAAGGAGUGU